AUUUAUUAAUAUUUUUCACCCCAAGAUCCUCUUCCUAUUUAAAAAAGAAGGAAGAAAGAAAGAAGGAAAAGAGACACUGCCAACUAAUACGUGGGACCUUGGACAGAUGUAACCUAUGUAAUGGCCCUACCGCGCAAAGGCAGGGGACCUGGAAACCUGAAAAUCGCUCUCGAAUCCGCACAUCAUGGAUACAUCCCCCGUAUGCCGGGCACAUAAUGAAGCCGAUAAGACCCCGUCCGGGUCUAUAUCUGAACCCAGUGGUGACAAGCUCAGCUGGAAGAGACAGGUACGGCACUUCACCUGGGCGUUUUUCACUCCGACGAUGGCCACAGGCAGGAUUUCCAAUGUCAUAUAUAACAACAGUACAGCUACCUUAAAUAUGCCGUUCCAUUAUAGAUCUUCAGCUGUUGACAGCAAGAUAGUCCCUUACAGAUCUCGGGGGUUGGAUAGCAUUGGCAUCAUAUUUUCCCCCGCAAACAUCGCAUUCUAUAUUGCAAUCUGGGGCUUACUCCUUACCAGGUUUUACUUGUUUCCUUAUACCUUUGAGGCAUUCCGUUUACAUCCAACAGAGUCAUUGUUUGCUCCUGCUUCGGUAGUCCCAUUCGGGACUACUCUAAUUUAUAUUUCGCAAUAUAGAACAGAUAAUACAGGACCAUGGCUCACAAACAUCGUUCUUAUUUUAUUUUAGGUAGGAUCUGCCUUGGCCGUCAUUUCGUCGGCCGGAAUUUACCUUCUCUUGUGGGUCAUAUGGCGAAGUUAUUCUGGGUGAACAGAUAUAAGGCUAACUACAGAUAUGUAGAUGGGUAUGUGCUUAUAACUAUUUGACCUGUUAUAGAGUAUAGGUUCAGAGCUAACAUCUUAAAGCCUGACGCUGUUUCCCCCCCUCAUCGCUAGCAUUACGUACUUGUCGGCCAUAGGUGCUGGUCUGAUGGUUUUCACAAUAGCAUGGUUCUCGUUUGUUUCCCUGAAUACUGAUUUGAUAGCAUCGACGUUUGCUAUUGGCAAUGCCUUUUCCUGUAAGCCAAUUUUGAUUAUAAGUUGU